CUUAACUCCACAUCUCCUCACUCACUUCCUUCCUCUUCCUCCUCCUCCUAGUUAGGGUUUUAUUACUACACGAAGUUAGCUCAGAAAAACCCAAACACUUUCCAGUAGCUCAGCUCGUAUCGAGAUAUAUCUUUCAGAUUGUAGAGUAAAACAUAAAAAGAUAAAAGUUUCAAUUUUUCUGGGUUUGAUUCGGAAAGAUGCCGCUGGGUCAAAGACCAGGUGAUAAAAGUGACUCGAGAUUUUGUGGGGUGGAGACAGAAUUUGACGAUGAUGUUGCUCAAGUUCUGGCUUUCAAUGUUUCUGGUGGAUUUGACUUCAUGGUUUUACCUUUGAUGGAUCCCACUUACAGACCUAGCUUAGUGACUAGUGGCAGUGGAGCUGUUCUACCAUGUGCUGGAUCUGAUUUAGUUUUAAGUCCCUCACAGUGGAGUAGUCAUGUUGUGGGCAAAAUUAGCUCAUGGAUCGACUUGGAUUCAGAAGAUGAAGUUCUUCGGAUGGAUUCAGAAAUUGCUUUAAAACAAGAAAUAGCAUGGGCUUCCCACCUCUCGUUACAGGCCUGCCUUCUUCCAUCCCCUAAAAGUGCAUCUUGUGCUAAUUAUGCGAGAUGUGUAAAUCAGAUCUUGCAAAGUUUAAAUAAUAUGCAGUUGUGGCUGAGGAUUCCGUUGGACAAGAAUGAUGAUGAUGAUGCCAUGAAUGGGAACUCCGAUCAUUCUAGUGAUGGAGAUGUUGACUCGUGGGAGUGGUGGAAUUCGUUUAGGCUGCUCUGUGAACAUCACAGCCAACUGUCAAUAGCACUUGAUGUUUGGAGUACGCUACCAUCUCCAAACUCACUCGGACGUUGGUUCGGUGAGCCAGUUAGGGCAGCCAUCCUUCAUACCAGUGCAUUUCUCACAAAUGCAAGGGGCUUUCCUUGUCUUUCUAAGCGUCACCAAAAGCUUAUUGAUGGAUUGUUUAAUCAUUCGAUGCAGAUAGUGGUCUGUGGAAAGCCAGCUCAUAAUAUUUCAGCAGAUAGUUUGGAGAGUGUGCCAACUGAUUAUAGUAAUAACCACGUGGACGGUAUAGCAAGACAUCCAUUAAGAUCCUAUCUUGAUUACGUUGCUUACCUCUACCAGAGGAUGGAUCCACUUCCUGAACAAGAACGUUUUGAGCUAGGUUACAGGGAUUUCUUACAGUCUCCUUUGCAACCUCUCAUGGAUAAUCUAGAGGCCCAAACGUAUGAAACAUUUGAGAGAGAUACUAUGAAGUACAGCCAGUAUCAAAGGGCAGUAGCCAAAGCAUUGAUAGAUAGGGUUCCAGAUGACCAAGCAUCUAAUGUUACCACUGUAUUAAUGGUUGUGGGAGCAGGACGGGGUCCACUUGUUAGAGCCUCCUUGCAGGCAGCAGAAGAAACUGGCAGGAAACUAAAGGUGUAUGCUGUAGAGAAAAAUCCAAAUGCAGUUGUCACACUUCAUAGCUUGGUGAAAUUAGAGGGAUGGGAAAACCAAGUCACUGUUAUUUCCAGUGAUAUGCGUUGCUGGGAUGCUCCUGCGAAAGCUGAUAUUUUGGUGAGUGAGCUUCUUGGAUCUUUUGGUGACAACGAAUUAUCUCCUGAGUGCCUUGAUGGAGCGCAGAGAUUUUUGAAGGAGGAUGGUAUUUCGAUCCCGUCAUCGUACACAAGCUUUAUACAACCAGUGACAGCAUCAAAGUUAUACAACGAUGUGAAGUCACAUAAGGACCUUGUGCACUUUGAAACUGCUUAUGUAGUCAAGCUGCACAGUGUGGCAAGGCUUGCACCUUCACAGCCUGUAUUUACAUUCACCCAUCCCAAUCAUUCAGCUGAAAUAAAUAAUCAGCGUUACAAGAAGUUGCGGUUUGAGAUACCUAGGGAUACGGGGUCUGCGAUGGUUCAUGGAUUUGCUGGUUACUUUGAUGCAACACUUUACAAUGAUGUUCAUCUUGGUAUUGAGCCCACCACUGCCACCCCUAACAUGUUCAGUUGGUUUGCUAUAUUUUUCCCUUUGAGGAAACCAGUGUGUGUAAAACCAGGGCCUCCUUUAGAAGUUCAUUUUUGGAGGUGCUGUGGGUCUACUAAGGUUUGGUACGAAUGGUCUGUUACAUCUCCCUCCACGACAGACAUCCACAAUAGCAACGGCCGCUCUUAUUGGGUUGGCCUGUAGGAUCUUACUUAUCAUUUUGUAACAUAUUUUGUUGUUUUCUCACAAUGCAAGUAAGUUUGUAUACACUUACCUGAGUAUGAAAAUGAAUGAAAAUUAGAGUUUUCCUCUCUUUACAUAUGUUUAGAGGCAGACUCUUUACUUGUAUGUAGUUAUGGAUUAAGUAGGAUUAUUAACAACUUGAAAGCG